GAUAUUUUCACAUUAUUAAUAAAAGCGGAAGAAUUGAAAAAAGCUUUGAAGCACAUAGAGGAGCCGUUCUGGGUCUAAAAUGGAGCUAUGAUGGGAACUCAUUUGCCACCUGUGGUGAAGAUGGACACAUAAAGAUCUGGUCGCGCAGUGGGAUGUUGAGAUCGACUUUAGCUAAAAUCACAAAACCUAAUCAUAUUUUGCAGUGGAUGGCUCACGAAGGUAUGGUCCUGAAGGUUGACUGGAAUCCAGUAAACGAAUUGCUUAUUUCUGGUGGUGAAGACUGUAAGUACAAAGUGUGGGAUAGCUUUGGUCACAUGCUCUAUUCGGGUCAAAUCUAUGACAACCCGAUUAGUUCACUCUCUUGGAAACCUGAUGGACAGCACUUUAUUAUCGGCAGCUAUAACUCCCUCCGUUUAUGCGAUAAAAUAGGGUGGUCAUACAAUAUGCAGAAACCGAAUAUCGGUAGCCUAUUAGAUGUUGCCUGGUCUCCGGACGGAACAAACGUGGUGGCCGUGGGUGCCACUGGAGGUGUCCUCUUUGCGCAUGUGAGCGAGUGUUGUCUUGAAUGUGUGGGUUUUGAAGCAGUGGUGUCUAGUGCCAAGACCAUAACUAUCACAAACGUUCGCGACGAAUCAAAGGAUACUCUGGAGUUUCGAGAUCGGAUCCUGAGAGUUUCGCUUGCUUAUGAACAUUUAAUCGCUUUAACUACCAAUCAAUGCCAUAUUUACAGCGUUAACAACUUUAAUACACCCAUUAUUGUUGACUUGAAGGAUGCUACCAUAUCGCUAAUCAUCCAAUCACAAGAUGCUUUCCUCUUGGUUGAUUGGGGAAGUUUUCUUGUCUAUAAUUACGGAGGGCGUCUAAUUUCGUCCAUCACGAAUUCUAAUAUCAGAACUGACCUUGUGUACGCUGGUUGCGUUGCACUCAGCUGUGAAACAAUUGCUGCUAAGGAUGCGGAAGACGAAAAAGUAAUACAUUUGUUUGACGUCAAUUCCGGUAAACCUGUUGGAGAUGGGAAACCGAUCACCCACUCAGCACACGUAAUAUCACUAGGAUUGAACCAGAAGGACUCAGCUGUGGAGCGGCGCCUUGCUGUACUUGAUAGAAACAAAGACCUCUUCCUGUAUCAAGUUCGUGUCUAUGGGCGCAACAGGGUCGUGAUCAAAUUAGGAGCCAGGAUCACAGCGUUCAUGUGGUCAGAAACUCAGAACUUCUUAACUGCAACUCAGCAUGAAAAACUUAUUGUCUGGUAUUAUCCAGCUAUUUCCCUCAUUGAUAAGGAGCUAAUAGACUUAACUAAAGAGGAGAAGGACGUGUUGGAAGGGAGUGGGAAGUAUUCCACCUUAAACAGCUUCCACAAAAAUCAAAUAACUAUUCGUCGUCCCGAGGGGACAGUUGUGGUCUUUUCGAUUUCGCCCUACCCAGGUCUACUAAACGACUUUGCUGCCAAAAACAAGUGGACUCAAAUCACACAACUAUGCCGCAGUGCUAAGGACCCUCUUCUAUGGGCCUGUCUAGCCGGCCUAGCCACAGCGACAAGAAGGCUGGAUCUGGCCGAAAUAGCCUAUGCGGCAAUCGACAAGCCGGAUAAAGUUGAACACAUUCGCAAAAUUCGUGAGAUACCUUUGAAGGAGGUUCAGAAUGCACAGACGCUACUGCUAGCAGGUCAGCCAAAAGAGGCUGAAAGGACGCUAACUGAAGCGGGGCUCUGUUUUAGUGCGGUGAUGCUCAAUCUUUCGUAUUUUAACUGGGAGAGUGAGAUUUCUUUCCAGAGCUCUCGAGCUGGCUACCAAAAGCGAUUUGGCGACUUCAAUAGUAAUCACAACGCGGCACAAUUAUCUCGCCAAAAUGAGGAGUCAGGAGUCCCUAAAAUCAUUCCUGAAUUACCAAAACAAGGUAUGUGA